UUGCAAGUUGCGAGCCGGCGGUGGUUUUCAGUUUUAGCGUCGGUUCCGUCGCGCUGCUGCGCUGAACCGACUGGCGGAAAAGCUCGCGCUGUGUUGUGUGCUUUCACGGGCUCCCGUUCGGUGCAAAGGCCGAAGCCGCGCAGACGACAAUUGGGAUGCUGCAGAGAUGAGAGGACUUCUACGGCGCUGACCAAGGCUGUCGCCACGGGCUCGCUUCCACCGGCAUAAUGGGCGACGACACAAGCGUUCGGGUGGCCGUCCGGGUGCGACCAUUGAUCUCCCGGGAAGUGAUAGACAUGUGUCAUGCCUGCACCAGUGUCACCGCCGGCGAGCCUCAAAUCUGGGUGGGCAAAGAAAAGGCGUUCACCUUUGACCACGUCUUUGACUGCCCCUCGGAGCAAGAGACAGUGUACAACUCUUGUGUCCGCCAACUUAUUGAUGGGUGCUUCGAAGGAUACAAUGCCACAGUACUUGCCUACGGCCAGACUGGAUCUGGCAAGACAUACACAAUGGGCACAGGUUAUGACUUGCACGUAAAUCCUCACGAGCAGGGAAUUAUACCACGAGCCGUGCAACACCUAUUCGAUGGCAUCGCUACCCGCCAGCAAGAAGCACGAGACCAAGGAAACCCUCCUCCAGACUUCAAAGUCAAUGUGCAGUUUAUGGAGCUUUACAAUGAGGAGAUCUUCGACCUCUUGGGCCCUGGCAAAGGCACGCACUAUCCGGGUAGGAAUUCCGUAAAGAUUCACGAAGACUCAAAGGGAGAGAUCUACACAGUUGGUGUGACGGUGAAGGCUGUACAGAAUGCAGACCAGGUUAUGAAGUGCCUUGAAUCGGGGGCUCUCUCUCGGACAACAGCCAGCACCCAGAUGAAUGUACAGUCGUCUCGGUCACAUGCCAUCUUCACCCUGCACAUAAAGCAGCAGAGGGUGGUGCAAUUAAAUGUAGAAGAUGGUGAUGCAGAGGACGAGGAGGAGGACAAUGCCCUUGCUAAGGUCAAUGGAGAAGGUUCAUCAAUCAACGAAUUUGAAACCCUCACAGCGAAAUUCCACUUUGUAGAUCUGGCUGGCUCAGAAAGACUAAAGCGUACCGGUGCCACUGGGGACAGGGCUAAGGAAGGGAUCUCCAUAAACUGUGGCCUUCUUGCACUCGGUAAUGUCAUCUCUGCCUUGGGUGAUGCAUCGAGGAAAGUGCUGCAUGUCCCCUACCGAGACUCCAAGCUUACGAGGUUAUUACAGGAUUCACUAGGAGGAAACAGCCGUACCCUAAUGAUCGCCUGUGUGUCACCAUGUGACCGGGAUUUCAUGGAGACAUUGAACACCCUGAAGUAUGCCAAUCGAGCAAAGAACAUCAAAAACAGGGUUACUGUGAAUCAAGACAAGUCAAGCCAGACCAUCACAGCCCUUAGACAUGAGAUUCAAGAGCUGAAGUUGGAGCUGAUGGAAUACAAGCAGGGCAAACGUUUGGUCGGAGAAGAUGGCACAGAGCAGGUGAAUGACAUGUUCUAUGAGAACACCAUGCUCCAGACAGAGAACAACAAUUUCCGCACACGUAUCAAGGCCCUUCAAGAGACGAUUGAGCGACUCACUGUUAAAAAUACUGAGCUUCUGGCUGAACAAGCAGCUGGGGCAUUCGUUGGCCAUGGGGAUUCUGACAAUGACGACAGUGUCAAGAACCUUAUCCAGGGAUACUUGAAAGAGGUUGAAGAGCUCAGGACCAAGCUCAUGGAGUCUGAAGAGGUGUGUGCCCAACAACGAAAGCAGCUUCAGCGCUACCAGGCUCGCCUCAGCAUAACUGGCAACACAACAGUUGCUGUGAGCGGCAUCUACGACAUAGGCUGUACUGUCGAAGAGACCAGUGUAGAAGACGUGCUUGCAGAGGCAAAGCGUGAUGUUGAGAACCUGAAGCGAAAGACGAAGCAUUUGUCGUCCAAGGCGAGCAAAGAGGAGGAGGACAGUGAAAAGAAGUCUGAUGCUGAUGAGGACACCGCAGAGAUCAGCGGGAACAAUGAGAGCUCAGACUCCGAAGCAGAGGAACUAGAGGAAGACGAAACGAUUGGCAAGGACCUGGCGACGCUUACCACCGAGAUCUCAUUCAAGCAGAAGCUCAUUGACCAGCUGGAGCAGAGCCAGCGUAGGCUACAGACAAUGCGCAUGCACUACGAGGACAAGCUGAUGCAGCUGCAGCAGAAAAUACGCGAGACUGAGAUAGAGAGAGAUCGCAUUCUCUCCAACAUGAGCUCGGCUGGCACAUCAAAGGACACCGACGAGAAAGUGCGCAAGAUUAAGAACGACUUUGAGCGCAAGCUGAGCCAUCUGCAAGGCGAGCUCAAGAAGAUGCAGUCAGCCAAACGUGAACAUGCCAAGCUCAUGAAGAACCAGAGCGAGUAUGAACGGCAAGUUCGCAAGCUCAAGCAGGAAAUGGCUGAGAUGAAGAAAGCCAAGGUGGCCCUGGUGACCAAGAUGAAGGAGGAGAGCCGGCGGCACCAGGAGGCUGAGAAGCGCCGUAACCGGCAAAUAGCACAGAUGGUUAAGGAGAGCCGUCAGCAGGAGAACAAAAUCCGCUCCCUCGAGGCCCAGAAUCGCACCAAGGAGACGGUCCUGAAGCGGCGGCACGAGGAGAUGGCUGCCCUGCGCCGCCAGGCACGGCCCAUGUCACAGCGUGUUGCCGGGCGCGUUCCACUGCAGAACCAAGCUGUACGAAAGGUCCUGUUCUCUCCGAAAGUCGCUAAGCAGAGGUGGCAGACACUUGAGAAGAAUAUUGACAAGCUGGUCUUGACAAAGCAAAAUGUCUACACCUUGGAGAAGGACAUGGAGCGAUCACUCUUGGAACGAGAGAAACUAACUCGCUACCUGGAAAAAAUGGUGCGGAAGCGAGACAGAGCACGUGAAGUUGGAAGAGACAUCCAGGACUUAGAUGACCAGAUUGAGAACACGAAGGCAAAUCUGGAUUACCUGAACGAGAACAUCCGGGAGUGCCAGGCUAGCAUCCUCCAAGUCGAGGAAACCAAAGAUGACACCGAAUGCCUGGAACUGGACACUGUUCUCAGUGGCGUGGUGGACGCACAAUCUCGCUACAUGGUUGAGAAGCUGCUGCACAUGGCAAUAAACCAGAGUCUUCAGGCAGCGCAGAGCAAGAGCAAGGUCCAGGAGUUGGAGGCCAGGCUGGAACAGGUGGAGGCUAUCGAUGCCAUUCACCAAGACCUGCUGCAGCACACCAUCAACCGGAUACAGCUAGAGACCGUGGCGCCACCAAGCUGGUCAGAGGAACCGGAGAGUGCUCCCAGCACGAGGUCAUCAUCACCAACCGACAUGUCAACAUCCGACGCUCUAUCCCAGUGCACGACAGCAACAUUUGCGAGGAGUAAGGCACGUCGCAAGACGGCCACACCUCAAGAGCUCCUCUACUACCAAUGCCCACCAGUCGACAUGUCGCUUCAGUCUCUCUCAGCCACCACAGAGGGCACUGGUAGUGACAUGACAUCAUCUCUCAUGACUUCGUCUGCCAUGACUUCAUCAGUUUUUGGUGACGUUCCGGACUCGAUGAUCAUGUCUCAUCCUGAUGGCGGCUGCCUCAACCUUGGAGUUGAUGGAAAUCUUCAGCGGGUGCUCAGUGCCCCAGGAUCUCUAAAAGAAGUGGGUGUUGACUCAAUGCCGCCUCCACGAGGUGUGCCCGGACUUCACCGGACCAAGCCUCCCGCCAGGCGCUUUCCCGUCGACUUGUCUCCUCUGCCUAGGAGGAAAUUAUUAAUUGCGAACUCUAACCAACAGUUAAGAAAAGAUGCUGGCAUCGAUGCCACACCACCGCCAUCACCCCCUGUAAAUCGGAAAGUGCGAGACAACAAUGUCUUCUCCAGGCUCACCAGCACAUCCACGAAUCCAUUAGUCAAGCCAGACAGAGGUGUGAUCAGCGUGUUUGAGGGAAAGCCAGGCUACUCGCGGAGCUCUCCUCUGGUCUGCACGCACGUGGCAGAGGGCCACAGCAAGGCUGUUCUCUCCCUGGCUGUCACAGAUGAUGUCCUGUUCACUGCUUCAAAAGACCGCACAGUGAAGGUCUGGAACCUGCACACAGGCCAGGAGAUUCACUGCCUGCGAGGCCACCCAGACAAUGUCGUGGCCGUGCGCUACUGUGAAUACCAGCGCCUUACUUAUUCGGUUUCCACGGCCUUCAUCAAAGUGUGGGACGUGCGAGAAAGCCCCGCCAAGUGCAUCCGCACCCUCUUCUCUUCAGGCCAGUGUAGCAGUGGGCCUGUUGUGGCAGAGUCAGCAUCUCGCAGCCUUCAGAUUCCACAGGGGGAGACGCGCAUCAAUACCAUAGAGUUGAGCCCAUAUGGUACCCUGCUUUUCUCUGCUGCUUCAAAUAUUGUUCGCAUCUGGGACAUCCGGAGGUUUGCCUGUGUUGGCAAGCUGGCAGGUGGACACCAGGCAGCAGUGAUGUGCAUGGCAGUAGACGAAGUGGAUAACGACUCCAGUCUUGUGAUCACAGGCUCCAAGGACCACUAUAUUAAGGUGUUUGAAAUCCCAGAGAGUGGGAGUGGGGUCCUGACCCCCAAGGUGAACCUGGAGCCACCCCACUAUGACGGGAUCCAGUGCCUUGCUGUCUACAAUGACUACCUAUUCUCUGGCUCGCGCGACAUGUGCAUCAAGAAGUGGGACCUUGCCAAUCGAUGCCACGUUCUGUCGCUCAACCAAGCCCACAAGGAUUGGAUCUGUGCUCUUAAUUUCAUGCACAAUGGUACUGCCCCACCCGUGCUACUGAGUGGCUGUCGUGGAGGCACACUGAAGAUGUGGAACACCGAAAACUGCUCGCUUGUCGGCGAGCUUAAGGCACACGGUUCACAAAUCAAUGCCAUUGCCACAAACUCGUCCUGCGUCUUUACAGCAUCCAACGACAACACCGUGCGAGUUUGGCAAGUGCGGAACAGCCUCGAAAUCUCUUCAGACCUCCCCGACUACUAGCGUCCAACGCCACGAGGAUAUGCCGGACGCUUAACCUACCUCCAAGGAUGACGGCAACAACAUGCACCAGAGCUGCGCUGUGAUCGAAGUGGACUAUUGUUGUAGCGACAAGGUUGUCGUUGCAGCAGCGCCCCCUGUCAUCCUUAAGUGUUUUUCAUUUUUCACACGAAACCAUUCCAAAUCAAAAGCGCUUGAGGCAGCCCCCUUUAACACCUUGUUUCCACUUCUGCAAGUGCAUUUCGACUGCCCCUAGUCUUUCACAUUUAUUUAUAGUUUCCUAUUUAAAGCGUCGUCCAGUUAUGAUAACUUUUAAUGUUUUUAAGUUUAUUAAGCUUUUAACGAGUUUGUUCCAAUAUUGACCAAAGCUGUUCUUGGCUGCCUCAGGAUCUUAGUUUUUCCUUUUUUCAAAAUGUUGCCUAUCUGUAGGCAUACAUUUUUAAAUCUGUGCAAGUUUGUGCUUUGGUUAAAAGCGAAAGCCUUUUAUUUCUCCUAAAGGGGCCCUGAACCACCUAUUAUCAGUUGAGAAAUGCAUUUGAAGUUAAAUUUCAGAAAUAUUAGACUUUUUCAUAACUACUAUGCUGCAAAAAGUUCUUUAAUGCGUUGAGCAGAAGUGGAGUUUUUGCAAUCAAACAUAGCGUUUGCGGUGCUUACACUCCUUAAACGAUUUGCAUUGCAAAGGCUACGGCGGAGGUGGGGUGUGCCCACAACGGUCUGCCUAAUGAACGUCGCCGUGGCACGCAGUCCACAUUUGAUUUCGCUUGUUCAUGUAAAUGUCACUACUUCCAAUUUUGGCCCCUAUGACGCGUCAAGCAUUGUCCUCAGCGAGCCGCAGUUCACUCGGCCAGUGGGCUCAUUGCAGCGCCCCGUGGCGGCUCCUGUGUCUACGCCAUGUAGCAGAUAGCAGCAGCAUGCAACGGCAGCAUUUGCUUUGUGCAUUGCAGGGCUAUAUUGCGCGCUCGCACUCUUAGCUCCUGUCUGGCUGUGCUAUGUGGUACGGAGCAGCUUUGCCCUGCAUCAGCAUGAUCGACAGAUAGUAGCCACUUCCAACUUGCACAUUUUUUGAAGCUGAUUAUGAAACGAAGUCUGCCAAGGUGUCUAACCAGGAGUGGCCAGAAGUGAGCGCGUGCUGGCAAGCGUGUGUGUGUGUGUUCCGUCAUUAAGCGAGACCUGAUGGCUACGACACCAAUAAAUGAGGUGGCCAAGGUUUAAUUCCAACAUAGGCGGCUGCCGCCGAGCGUGAGCAGACAAUAGUAGGCUUCUUCCGGAAGUAUGCAAUUAUUAUUGAGAUUUGAAAGCAGUUACGCUUACUUCAGCCUGUUUAUAAAGCUUCGUCAGUAAAUAUACACAGUAACAGUAGGAAGAAGUGCACUGGUCCAAACACCCUUCUUGAUUGAUGUCAGCUAUUGGCCAGUAGCAGCUGCAUAUGGGAAUCCACUAUAUUUUGAAAUAAAGCGUCCAGAAAAGAGUGAGGAGCAGACUUCUGUUGAAAAGAGAUAGAGAGAAAGGCAGCUUCGUGCUCCGCUUGCGAGGUGUAUGUGCCGCGUGCGACUGCGAAAUGUUCACUGCUGAGAUGUUCACAGCAGCAUAUGCUAGCCACUGACUUUCUUUCACUAAGCCCGAGGUGUGGUUCAGGGCUCCUUUAAGAUAUUUCUAAUCAAAACUUAUGAAUUUCAUUCUUUCAGCGACCUCACAACUAUUUAUAUAUACUUCAACUAUCAUUAAUUUAUUAAUAUGUCAUAAUGUGUUGUGCUUAUUAGGCUGCGAGAAGAAAUCUCAUACUUAGCAAGGCUGCGCAUGCUGUGUGUGAACCAGAUGAAUCUUAUGUGCGAGUGACUGCUUGAAUGCUAGAGAAAGUAGGUUAUUUUUAAAACUGCGAGGGAAUGUCUUGAUAUAGGAAGAACCACGCCCAGUAGCGAACGCCAGCAUAGGGUGAAAUUUCAGUGAUACAUUCCAGACGUGCAUAUUUUAUUUUAAUGGGUGAGCUAUUUAUUAAGCAAUAUAUUUCAUCAUGUAGCCAUUUACACUCUUUUACUCCGAAUAAGUGUUCCCUUUUUAUAUUUACAAACCGCGACAAAUUUUAGUGCCCUUGUAGUACCUGUCGAUGUAACGUCUGUUUUCUUGAGGACUUCAAAGACGUGAAAAGUGUUCUGUCUUGGCCAACAUUCCAGUGCUGAAAGUUCUGUACAUGUACAAAGUGUAAGUAGUCGAAUAAAGAAAUGAGGACUGCCUGUGGGUCCACUUGC